ACUUGCCGAUUUUCAGUAGAUUUUUAGCUGUCGCAGGGGAAAACGAAAGCAGAUAACAGUUGGCUUAAUUUUAUUGUCGCAUAAUCACCUUGUAAUUUAAUUAACUCGGCGUUUCGUUUUCGGAAAAAAAAUGUGGAAAUUGUGCUUUCUCUGGUUCGGUCUGCUAAUGGUGACCUUUGUCCAAGGACUGGGAUUCACAGAUUGCGGUUCAAAGACCGGAAAAUUUACCCGUGUUGCCAUCGAGGGUUGUGAUACAACCAAAUCGGAAUGCAUUCUAAAGAGGAACACAACAGUCAGCUUCUCCAUUGAUUUCGCAUUGGCCGAGGUCGCAUCGGCCGUGACAACUGUGGUUCAUGGCAAGGUUUUGGGCAUUGAGAUGCCAUUCCCCUUGGCCAAUCCCGAUGCUUGCGUCAAUAGCGGCCUCAAGUGUCCAUUGGAAAAGGAUGAAUCCUAUCGCUAUACAGCCACAUUGCCAGUCCUGAAGACUUAUCCAAAGGUCUCUGUGCUAGUGAAAUGGGAAUUACAGGAUCAGAAUGGUGUUGAUAUAAUCUGUGUGGAAAUACCAGCAAAAAUUCAGUAACUGUAAAUAAUUUUACAAUCUAAAAUAAUUGUUGUUAAACGGAAGCCUCAAGUUGUAUUCUUAUUGUAAUCUAAUUUAAAAUAAAGAAAUAUGAAAUUAA